CUUCACACAUCAAUCUCUCAUCCAACACUGAGAUCUUGAAGAUCAACACAACUUCUCCAGGAUUCAUUUCUUCACAUCAUCUAAAACAAUGAGACAUCUGAUGGCUUUGAUGUUUCUGGUGAUCUUCUGCUCUCUGCAGCUGACUUCAAGCGCUCCAUUUGCCUCUAAUUUGGCCAAAUCAUCAUGCUGUUAUGAGUUUAGCAAUGCAGCGAUUCCUCUGAAACUGGUGAAGUCGUACUAUAGGACCGCCAGUAGCUGCACCAAACCAGCCAUUGUGUUUCUGACUAAAAAAAGGAAGAUCUGUGUAGAUCCAGAAACCAGCUGGGUGAGCGGUCACAUCAAUGAAGUGGACAACAGAACAACAAAGACCCAAAACAAAACAAAAAUGAGUCGCAUGAAACAGGGAAGUAAAACCAAAAGUAUGGAAGAGCCAAAUUCAACAUUAUAUCUUGAAGCUCAACACAACUUCUCCAGGAUUCAUUUCUUCACAUCAUCUAAAACAAUGAGACAUCUGAUGGCUUUGAUGGUUCUGGUGAUCUUCUGCUCUCUGCAGCUGACUUUAAGUGCUCCAGUUGCCUUGGACAAUUCGAUAUGCUGUUUUAAGUUCAGCAAUGCACAGAUUCCUCUGAAACUGGUGAAGUCGUACUAUUGGACUGACAGCAGCUGCCCCAAACCAGCCAUUGUGUUUGAGACUGACAAAAGGAGAAUCUGUGUAGAUCCAAAAACCAGCUGGGUGAGCAACCACAUCACUGAAGUGGACAACAGUGCAGCAAAAACCCAAAGCAAGACAGUUUGAAGAAUUGAUU